UAUUUCCUCCUGGCUUGUCUGGGUUUCCUCUCCCCCUCCCCCCCUUUGCAUGCGACAUGAAUCCUCCCCCGUCGCAUGACCCGGGUCGUCGGAGGUCCUUGGGCAGCAGUGGCAGCCCCGGGUUCCCUGGUGAGUCCCAGGAAGUCCGGCUCGCACAACUCUCUUACGCCCGGCCACACCGUUCUCACAUGCUUAUGGCGCCGCGUUCUUGCUGCUGCCUGCCUCGCUUCUUGUCGAUCGGACAUAUUCGCUAACUCCGAGUCUCCCCUAUCUAGGUGUUCAAGAUCCGUCCUCUGCACCGCCGCUGGGGACGCGCCGCAUGCCUCCUCCUUCCCCCCCACAACACUAUCCAUCUCGAGGGCCCACGGGAAAUGCCCCUCCCAUGUCUACCCCCUUCUUGUCGCGUGAGCCUCCCAGCAACCCGGCUCAUCACCGUCCAGGGAGCAGCAUGUCGAUAUCGUCCAUGCUUGGCUCGGACGCUGACCGACCAGGCCGGGAUGUAGGCUCUUCGUCCAUCUUCUCGCGUCUCCCAGUGUCCUCCGCCCCGUUCGGUGCCCCCCAUCCGCCGUCUGCGCCCGGCGCGAUGUCGCCGCCGACCGCGCCGGCACGACCCUCCCCGCUUGAGUAUCAGGGCUUCCGGCGAUCCCAGACCCCCGAAAAGUCCUUUGCGAAAGGCCAACCGUCCCGUCCCUACCGAUCUACCUCUGGGGGCGUCCCCAUCGCAGAACAGGCCAAGUUUGGUGGAAUGUCGCGCAUACCGUCGUCGUCGCAGUACCCCGAAAAGCCCGGCUCGACGCACCCGUCCCCCCAGAUCGCCUCCGCAGAGGCCCCGUACAAUGAAACCCGUCGGUUGAGCUUCAGCGGACCCGUGCCUCGUCCAAACAGCCAGCCACAGCACCUGGAACCGCCGCCGCGCUCUACCGGUUACAGCCCGCUGUCACGACCUGCUGCGGUGGCGGGGGUCGGAGACGGCUCUUUUGCCGCCGCCGCGCAUCAGCGGGCCGCAUCGUACAUGGGACACGACCCUCAGCACGCUCGAUACGGAGGCUUGUAUGCGGAUCGACACGCGGAGGAACAAGCACACCGCGAUCGGGAACGAGCGAUCGCGCACGAGGCGGAAGCCAAGGCGGCGGCUCACCCUCCCCCGCGGUAUGGUCCACCUUAUGGCGACCGGGAGAUUGCGACACACCGACCACAUGGUCCGUCCGCGUGGGAGCUCGCGCGCUCGCAGCCCCCGUCGCCCGACACGAAGCGCUUCCCUGCUUCUGAGCCGGGCUCCGGGUUUGGAUUUGGCGCGAUCCAGAACUACACCAAGUCUCUGGGUUCCCAGCUGGGAGGGUCGCGACAGCCCUCGCUCUCGGUUCACCCCCCACAAGGCCAGCCACCCCCUCCGUCGCACGACCAACCGCCAUACCUCAGCAAGCUUCAAACGGAAACCCGUGUCUUCCCUCCGACCUCGUCGACCGGUCCGCCUUCACUGAUCCACUCUGCCUCGUCGGAUGACCAGCGGCGCAAGGGCAGUGAUGAACUCAUCGCCCACCGCAACCUCCUUGGGGUUGGAUUGGAUCCGAAACGGGGUGGACGGGCGUCUCCGCUGCCCCAGGCAGUGCAGGGUGCACAGGCUCAGAUCCUCGGACCUUCGGGCGACUCCGGCAUUAAGAAUGAACUAGGUCGUGUCUUCUCGGGGAUUGGAAGUGGUGUGGGUGGUGUUACCGCUACGACGGGUGGCAGUGGACCUCCGACCCCAAUGGCUCCCAGCCCCUUCAAACGCGACAGUGCCGUUGCUCGACCGAGCAACGGCGAGAUCACUGACGAAACGAAGACUGCUCGACCUACUUCUGCCAAUGGCAAGCGACCCAGGAAAUCGCGCGACGAAGAAACUCGGGCGGAAAGUGAAGCUGCGGCCGCUGGAGCUGCUCGUGGUCGGCGCAAUCGACACAACCACCACCACCAUCACCACCACCAUCAUCACCGCUCCCGGGCCGAAGAAGAAGCUGCUGCGGCUCUUGGUGCGAGCCGCCCCUUGUCCGCGGUAAACUUCUUCCAUCGAACGGCCACUCCCGGGGAAGGAACGACGCCCGCUCCAGCCCCGCCGGCUCUGGCCCAUCACCCUCACCCUCACCACCACCACCAUCAUCACCAUCACCACCACGUUCCUCGACCGGCUGCGCCUACCACCAAUGCGUCGGCGACGCCGAUGCGCGAGCCUCGCACCGUGGUCACGAUUGAGCCCCUCCUGACGAGUGUGGCGCAUCUCCCUCGGCACCACCUUGGGUCAACGCUGUACGCGCCCCGGAUCGGAGCACCGACGGACAAGGCGACACUGGAGAGUGCCAAGUUUGGGUACACGACGACCCCGCUGCCGCUUCCUCGGUUUGAAGGGAAUGAGAACUGCACAUUCACGAUCCGCGUGCCCCGGUUCCGAAUCGACAGCAGCCACCGCGAGGAGAUCUGUGCCCGACGCGCACUGUGGGGGACGGGCGUGUACACGGAUGACUCGGAUCCCGUGGCCGCCGCGAUCCACUCGGGGUUCAUCCGCGGGGCCUGGGGCGACGAUGUGGACGUGGACCUGCUCGACCUCGAGAUCAAGGAUGCGUACCAGCACGCGCCCAAGACGGCGCAGGACGUGGGCAUGGAGGGUGAGCGACCCCAGGUCCCGCCCGUGCCUCCGACGGACAAGGAUCUCCACAUCACGCUCCUCGUCCUCCCGCGAUUGGAGCGCUACGAUUCCAGCGUCAUCUUCGGGCUGAAGUCCCGGGCCUGGGAGCGCAUGCACGAUGGAAUGAGCUUCAAGGUGUUGCGGGUGGAGUGGGUGGACGAGGGCGUUGGGCGCGGCGAGGAGCGCAGCGGCGAGGCGCGACGCAAGCGACUGCGCAAUCUGAUGCAGACCGGCCGGAUCUGCACGGGGCCCGGGGUGAUCAAGUUGGAGCAGCUGCGGAACGGCGUGCAGAUCCCGCGGCGGAAGAAGAUCGAGGGCCACGAGCAGCCGUCGCCGAUGACGGUGUCAUGAGUUGGGUAGAAGUUGAUGAACACUCUCUUUUGUUACGCCAGCUGUGAGGAGUUGGGAUUUUUUGUUGUAUUAAUUAGCGCGGCGCGGUUGCAAACUGAGACUCGAUUAAUGAGAUAAUCCCGAUACCUG